UUUUUUUUUUUUUUUUUAACAACUGCACUUAUAUAAACCAUGUCGGAAUCAGAGAUUUACUGCCCAAAUUACGCACCCUUUUUCGGGUUUGCUGGUGUAUUUUGUGCUAUGGCCUUUAGUACCAUUGGUGCUGCUUAUGGUACCUCAAAAGCUGGUAUCGGAAUUGCCGGUAUUGGUUCUUUUAAACCCGAGUUGGUCAUGAAGGCUUUAAUUCCAGUUGUCAUGAGUGGUAUUAUUGCUGUGUACGGCUUAGUUGUCGCUGUUCUCUUAGCCGGUCAAUUGUCACCAACAGGCGGUUAUUCCUUAUUCUCUGGAUUCAUUGCUUUAGCUGCUGGUUUAUCUGUUGGUAUGGGCGGUUUAGCCGCCGGUUAUGCUAUUGGUAUUGUCGGUGAUUAUUGUGUUCGUGGAUAUGUCAGAGAAAGUCGUUUAUUCGUUACAAUGGUGUUGAUCUUGAUUUUUGCCGAAGUUCUUGGCCUUUACGGGUUGAUUGUUGCACUUAUUUUAAAUGCAAAAGCAGACAACAGUGUUUGCUCUUAAAAGACGCGUAUCAAAAUAAAAUUUUACUAUUUUUAUUAUUAA